CCGACUUCAUCCACCGUUGAAGAGGCAUAAUGAAAACAGCGCUCUGCUUAGUUUUCCUGCUGGUAGCAGCAGCGGCUGCCAGUGAGAAGAAGACGACAGAAAGCAAAGCUGAACCCCUAGAGAAGAAAUUGGACAAACGUGGUCUCCUGAACCUCGGGUAUGGAUACGGUAUUGAUGGUCUUGACGUUGGCUACAUCGGACACGGACAAGGACUCGGAGGCGCCUACAACUACGUAGACGGAGGCUACUCCUCCGGCUACGGCCUCAACUUCGGUGGACAUACCGACGUCACCAAGACCAUCACCCUCGUCAAAGGCGUCCCUGUACCUUACGCCGUCGACAGACCCGUUCCAUACCCAGUUGAGAAGCACGUGCCUUAUCCCGUCAAGGUAGCCGUGCCCCAACCCUACGAGGUCGUCAAACACGUGCCAUAUCACGUGAAGGAGUACGUUAAGGUUCCCGUCCACGUUCCCGCGCCAUACCCAGUCGAAAAGAAGGUGCCUUAUCCCGUACACGUACCAGUUGACAGGCCUUACCCCGUCAAGGUGCUCGUGCCCCAGCCCUACCCAGUCGAGAAGCACGUCCCCUACCCCGUCAAGGUUCCAGUGCCCCAACCUUACCCCGUGGAGAAACACGUGCCAUACCCCGUCGAAGUUAAGGUGCCCGUACCGCAGCCCUACCCCGUUGUGAAGCACGUCGGUGUCCCCGUCAAGGUGCCCGUCGACAGGCCCUACCCCGUGCAUGUGCCUGCUCCUUACCCCGUCGAGAAGCCAGUGCCUUUUGCUGUCCCAGUUGAGAAGCCAGUGGCCUACCCCGUCCAUGUUCCUGUCGACAGGCCUUACGCCGUGCACGUUGAGAAGCCCGUGGCCGUUCCCGUAAAGGUGCCAGUGCCCCAACCCUACCCCGUGUACAAGCACGUGCCGUACGCGGUCGACAGGCCAGUCGCCGUUCCCGUCAAAGUGCCCGUUGACAGGCCCUACCCCGUAACUGUUGAGAGGCACGUGCCCAUAACAGUCGAGAAGCCAGUCCCGGUACCAGUGAAGGUUCCCUACCUCGUCAGCGACCACCACGACCAUCACGACCACCACGACCAUUACAGCCAACUCAGCUACGGCGGUUCGUACUACGGCCACUAAAUUAAUUAAUUUUAGUCACAUCGUGUUCAUUCGUAACUAUCGAAAUUAUUUAUGAAUAUCUCGCCUAGCACAGCCGGGCCAUCAGCAAAAUUCGAUCCACUAUCUUUUAAAAUGUAUAUUUUUUUUAUUUAUGUCAUGUAUGCAGAGAGAUGCACGUGUACGUAGUGAUAUAAAAGGUUACCAUUUCUAGUUUUAAGUCGAAUGUAAAAAGCUAUGAGUAAUAAAAGGUAAAUAAACUUU